CAGAUGCAAUGUUGCCAAACGGACCAUUAAUUCCAGGACAGACGUGCGCGUUUGCGAGGGGGUGGGAAGGACGGAGAGGGUCUGGUUCACUCCAGGAAAGAGUGACGCCACUAUGUCGGAAGAGUGAAAAAGUGACGUGGGAGCGGAGGUACCGAGGCUUGUGCGCGGCGAUGACUUGAUCGAUCGAUGCGGUCCACAUCAGGCUGAUGAUCAGCCAGGAAGCGCGGCGUGUACGUGUGUAAACACACACACAGUCACAGAGCCCAGUUGACACUGUGUCGCACGCGGUUUUUUUUUUUGUACGUUUUCGGGGCGGCAGUGAGUGAAGCGGUGUGUGUGCUGUAAGAGAGCGCACUGAAACAGGAGUCUGCCGUUCACGUAGCUGAGCAUGAUGAUCGUGAUCAUGUCUCACGGAUGUCUGCGGUUCUCCACCACGGCGUCCUGCUGCUGCUGCUGCUGCUGAGCGAAGGAGGGACUCGUGUCGUGAGCCAUGGCAGCCAAGGAGGACCUUCUCUCCGGAGUCCCUCCGCGGAGGCUCCGGCAGAGCCGGCCUGGAGCCCUGAAACAGGGAGCGAACCUGGAGCUGCUGCUGUCCAUGGGCUUCCCGAAAGACAGAGCCCUGAAAGCUCUGGUGUCCACGGGGGGGAGGAGUGUGCAGGCCGCCUGUGACUGGCUCUUCUCUCAUGUAGAUGACCCAUUUCUGGAUGACCCCUUGCCCCGGGAGUUUGUACUGUACCUGCGGCCCAGUGGACCCCUGCUGCAUCAGCUGUCUCACUUCUGGCAGCAGUCGCGCCUCACUUGCGGCAAGAACAAGGCACAUAACAUCUUUCCCCACAUCACGCUCUGCCAGUUCUUCAUGUGCGCAGACACAAAGGUGGAGGCUCUGUGUGAGGCCCUGGAGACCACUGUGGGCCAGUGGAGAGGUCGUUUCCCCAGCCUGCUCCCUCUGGAGCUCUACACCUCCUCCAGCUUUAUUGGCCUCUUUGUGGAAGAGCAGGUUGCUGAGGUGCUGAAGAAGUUUGCAGCUGACUUCUCCUUGGAGGCUGCCACACAAGCAGAUGUCCAUGUGGAGCCUCAUAAAAAGCAGCUCCAUGUUACCUUGGCCUACCAGUUCCAGCCCAGUCAUUUGUCCUCCCUGGAGAAGCUAGCAAAGGGAAUUGAAGUGUCUCUGAGCUGCGACUGGCUGGCUGUCCUUCUUUCCCGGGAUAUCAGAUUUGCCAGUCAUGAGACGCUGCGGGUCAUGUACCCCUAUGUGCCACAGAAUGAGGAUGAGCUGGAACUGGUGCCUGGUGACUUUAUCUUUAUAUCUACCAUGGAGCAAGGCAGCACCAGCGAAGGCUGGGUCUGUGGCACCUCUCUGAAUACUGGCCUGUCUGGCUUGCUGCCUGAGAACUACGUUGCCCGGGCUGAUGAGUCGGACACUUGGGUCUUCCACGGGUCCCACUCUUUCCUCAGCUGUACACCCCCCUCUAGCUUGUUAUCUGUGGGUAAUGAAGUUUGCGAUGGGCUGCUGGACGGCCCUUUCAUUGACAAUUCCGGUUCCAUCAGUCAGCGCCAACUUGGCGUUGUGUGUCAUCCAAUGCAGGUAUUGCGAGUUACUGGCCAGUCCCAGUUACCGAAGCGAACAUUGUUUGUCUGUCGCCAUGGGGAGAGGAUGGAUGUGGUUUUUGGGAAACAUUGGCUCUCCCAGUGCCUAGAUGGAAAAGCAGGGCGUUAUGUGCGCACCAACCUCAACAUGCCCCAGACUCUCCCUCUGCGGGCUGGGGGGUAUCGCGACUAUGACAAGGAUGCCCCUAUCACCGUGUUCGGGUCCACGCAGGCCCGACUUGUGGGGGCGGCUUUACUGGAGAGUAACACGACAAUUGACUUUGUGUACUGCUCGCCAUCCCUGCGAUGUGUACAGACAGCUCAAAACAUCCUGAAAGGUAUGCAGCAGGAAGGCAGGAGGAAGAUUCGGGUUGAACCGGGGCUUUUUGAAUGGACCAAAUGGGUCUCGGGGUCCUCCUUGCCUGCUUGGAUGCCACCUUCUGACCUUAUUUCGGCCAACCUGAGUGUAGACACAACAUACAGACCUCAUAUUCCAGUUAGCAAGUUAGGUGUCUCUGAGUCCUAUGACACCUACAUCAGCCGGAGCUUCCAGGUCACCAAGGACAUCCUGUUGGAAUGCAAGAACAUGGGAAACGCUGUGCUGAUUGUGGCACAUGCCUCUUCCUUAGAGGCUUGCACUCGUCAGAUCCAGGGUCUCAGUCCCCAGAAUGCUAAGGACUUUGUACAAGUGGUCCGGAAGAUUCCAUAUCUGGGCUUCUGUGCAUGUGAAGAGAAGGGAGACACAGGGGUGUGGCAGUUGGUGGACCCACCCAUCCUACCACUCACACACGGCCCGAACCACAGCUUCAGCUGGAGAGAGACCCUGCUGCAGGACUGAGACAGUCAUGCCUACUGUCUGAAGCCCAGCCUAGGAACUCCACCUCUUGUAUGACCCAUCUGUCAUAAACAUGGACAGUGCUCUCAAGUCAGACCUUCAUGCUCUUUAUAUUUAUAUACGUACCUUUACAUACAUAUUUAUAUACCUUUUGGUCUGAUUUGACAGUAGCAUACAUAUUUUACCUUAGGCUGGGUUUUGAUAUCCAAAGUGCACAUGCUAGGGCAGAGCUGCAGCUCAGGACACACACAGCACAGUUGCUGCUUUGCCAGGUUCAGUGAGAUGUUUGUAGCCUGUUAAUCUCCAGUGUUUAGACCACAUUGCACAAAAUGUUGAAUGCUGGGAGUUAAAGCACCCUUUAAAGUGCUAGCUGGCAGUUAUGACAAAGGUAGUGUUAUGUGGCCGGUGUAUUCCUUCAUGGCCUUGGCCCACUUGUGUGGAGCUCUUUUGACCCUUGAUGAUCCUCUCUCAAAACAAACAUAAUGUGGUCUCAUCUUGAGGGAAAACGGGAAAAGCCCAUUUUGCUUUUUUUGCUGCUGUGGAAAGCAAAAUCUGUUCUUCCUCCAGCACAAACCAUCAAGUCCAUUUUAUAAUGUCAUAAAGCACAAAUGGCAGUGUAAACAUUUGGCUAUGGUUUGUAUUUGAGAUGAGGCUGAAGAAAAUAUGACUUAGCAUUUGACCGAGCUCAAGGGAUGCCACACAUGCUGUCGUAUAACUCUUUUAUCUUACUAUGUGGGAGCAAUUGCAAUAAUGCAUAAGGCAACAAAAGCAAAGUAACAAUAUUAAUGAGGUUUGCACAAAUGAAAAGCACCUUUGAAGGAAAAUAUGUGGUCAAAUCCUGUCAAAAUUUGUUAGGGGUAGAUCUUACGUGCUUUAAGAUGGUGAAGCUGGAACUUUUUUGUCACAUUUGGCCAAAAGAAACCUUUCACUGGUGCACCAUUUCAGAAGAUAUACUUUUUUGCAGUAUAUUAUGUGUCAGGCUUCAGGGAUUCAAUGUUUUACAUGUUGCAGUGUUUGCCUAGAUCACAAUAUUUUCUGUCACAUCUUAUCUGCCUCACAAUUCUGUCUUUGUUGCAGCAGAACAUGUCAGUGUAAUUGUUUUUGUUUGUCCUCACAUGGGUUUUCAAGGAAAUAUGAUUUCUUCUGAAUUUAAAUAGUUGAUGUAAUCGAGUGAAAUCAUGAGCAGUUUCAUUACGGAAAAUUCCAAAACACUGUAUAAAAAUGAGCAGUUACACCGCAGUUUGGAUGUUUGCCUCAGAAAGAAUGUCUUCCCUGACCAUACUGACGGGUUGCAACCUCUAAGCCUGAGGUGUUUUGUACAGACGUAUGUUAUUGUUACUGGGAGUGGUGUGCGACACAAUGAAGAAGCUGUUGGCUGUGCUGUACAGCCAGUUUAUGUAUUUUAUUGAGGGUGAAAGACUGAGUGGCUGUAUGUUCUUGAUGUACUGCUGUCAAGCUAUGCUAUUGUAGAGAAUAAUACCUUCUCUCUUGUCUAGUUUUGUGUUUCCAGUUAUUGCUUUUGUUACAUCAUGAUUGUCAAAACAAAUCUUAUUGUUCUUCCCAAAGAUGCUGAUGCUUUGUUAUGGAGCCAAUACUGAUAUUUUAAACCCAUAAAACUCUUGUUUUUACAAUAUAUUUACAAUACAUUAUAUAUGGAAUGCAAGAGGUGACAUUUAAUGUCUCGUUAAUAUUCUAACACCACCUAUAAUUCAUGCAGUGUUUACAGAACACCAGUAACAGUGUUAUAGUGACUUCUAUGAAACUACUGAAAUUUAAAAUUGCCACUAAAGUACAUGCCUGUUUUUUACCGCUUUCCUCUUUUGUGUGGAAUGAAGUUGUUCCUUUUAGCACUGUGGGCUAGCACUGUCUGACUCCAGCUGUGUAACUUUGUGUUUCAGCAAAACGGAUAAAUAUUUGAGAAACGGAGGGUUGGAAGGACAGCUGAGUGUGCUUAGUGCUUUGCAGUCACUUCAGUGUCUUUGUGCUGUUGUGUCCCAGUAACUAUUACAAUAAAGGGUGUGUGUGUGUGUGUGUGACUGAUUUAAAACACUUCCUGUACUCAAACCGAAAAUCAAACUCAAUACAAAUAUGGUUGACAGCAUGUGUCCUGUUUCUCUGUACAAUAUUAACUCAGGAUUACACCAGUUAUAAACAAUCAAUGAUAUAAUAAACAGCAGCUAGCCCAGAGUAGAGAUGUGCCCUUCUGAUCCCAAAAAUUACCCAACUGUAGAAAUGCGUGAAUAAAUAUGUAUCUUA